AUGGUUAGAGCAACAAUCAAGUCAGGGACAAUCAAUAUAUUAAACACCAUCAUUGGUGCGGGGAUCUUAACGAUGCCAUAUGGUCUUCGCGCGAAUGGACUAUUAUUUGGCUCCAUUUUGAUUCUAUGGUCAGCUUGUGCUUCGGCUUUUGGUCUUUACUUGCAAAACAAAGUUGCCCGAUACACAGGACAGCGAGGCUCGGUGUCGUAUUUUAGUCUUGCUCAGGUGACGUAUCCAAAAUUGUCCAUUGUGUUUGAUUCAGCCAUUCUGAUCAAGUGUUUUGGUGUUGGUGUUUCUUAUCUCGUUGUUAUUGGUGAUUUGAUGCCCAAGAUUAUGGAGACUUUGGAAGUGAGCCCCGAUUCGAUUUUCAUGAAUAGAAAGUUUUGGAUCUCGGCAUUCAUGGCAUGCAUUGUGGCACCUUUGUCGUUUUUGAAAAAAUUGAGCAGUUUGAAAUACACCAGUAUUAUGGCAUUGUUUUCCGUUGCUUACUUGAUAUUCUUGGUGGUGAGCAGCUACCUUGAGAUUGCUGCUGGUGUGGAGAAAGCACACGAUUUUGGUGUCGAAAAGUUUCACCCAUUUCCAGCCAAGCAUAUUGAUUGGUAUGGGCCAUUGAGCUGGAAACAGACAUUGAGUUCUUUCCCCAUGUUUGUGUUUGCGUAUACUUGUCAUCAAAACAUGUUUGCUAUUAUUAAUGAGUUGCAACCGGACGAGAAAGAUGGGUCGCAGACUAGACAAUCUAAUUUGAUCAUUCGUAACUCGAUAUUAACUGCAUUGGCCAGUUACUUGAUUGUUGCUGUGUUUGGGUACUUAACCUAUGGUAAUGAGGUUGAAGCAAACAUCAUUGCAAUGUACCCUCGUGAUUCGAUUAGCACUUUGAUUGGAAGAUUGUGCAUUGUAGUUAUGGUUAGUUUAUCUUUCCCGUUACAAUGCCACCCUUGCAGAGGAUCUAUAAACCAUGUUUUACACUUUAUCAGCCAGGGUGUUGAAUCAGCAAAACUCAGACACUUGCAUAAACGUAAUCGUUUACUAGACAAUGCAGGAGGCGGUAGUGGCUACUCGUCCACUGCUGCAUCAGAUGCUGAAAGCGUCAAUUCUUUUGCAGAUCUUACUGCGGUUUCGUCAAUCGUCUCAACCACGCCAAUGGAAGGUGCUCGUGAUACUGCGGGCCAUGCGCCAAUCAUUGUUCCCAUGUCAACUAGAAAAUUUUACAUCAUCACAUCUGCCAUUGUUGUGCUCAGUUAUGUAGUAGCACUUUCAGUUACAUCCUUAGCAACUGUUUUAGCAUUUGUUGGAAGCACAGGCUCAACAUCCAUUUCAUUCAUCUUGCCAGGGUUGUUUGGCUACUUGUUAAUGAAGCCAUUGCACCCCGGUAGCAAGCUUUCACCUUUAGAAAAGUUUUGCAAAUACGGUGGGUUAUUCAUGGUCAUCUACGGAUUCUUUGUUAUGAUUGUUUGUCUUGGAACAACUAUAAUCUUGGGUUCACCUUCCACAUCCAGUGCAUCAAGCACAGCCACGGGGCAGGAGUUGGUCAAUGAUAUUUUAAUCAAUAAUCCACCAGAAGAUUCAAUUGAGGAUAUAUCCUUUUCGCCACAACAAGAUCUCCUCGCUGUUGCUAGUUGGGACAAGAAAGUUAGAAUUUACGAGAUUGAUCCCAACACGGGAAACAACCAAGGAAAGGCGCUUUAUGAACACAAUGCACCAGUGUUUUCCUCUCAAUGGUCGACCGAUGGGACUAAAGUUGUCAGUGGUGGGGCCGAUAAUCAAGUCAAAAUAUUCGACCUUGCGACGCAGCAGCAACAACAAAUUGGCCAGCAUGAUGCACCAGUGAGGGCGGUGAGAUACGUUGAAUGUGGGCCAACUAAUACACCAGUAGUUGCAAGUGGAUCCUGGGACAAGACUUUGAGGUAUUGGGACAUGAGGUCCCCAACUCCUGUCAGUACAAUCAAUCUUCCCGAGAGAUGUUAUUGCAUGGAUGCAUCGCAAAAGUUGCUAGUUGUUGGAUGUGCUGAUAGGCACAUUAGUAUAAUUGAUUUGAACAAUCCUCAACAAAUAUUCAAAACAAGUCAAUCGCCUCUAAAGUGGCAAACUAGGACUGUUGCUUGUUACCCUCAAGCCAACGGUUUCGCUAUUGGAUCAGUUGAAGGUAGAUGUGCAAUACAAUACAUAACAGAAGCUGAGCAAAAGAAGUUUGGAUUCUCAUUUAAGUGCCAUAGAAAAUCGGGAACGAGUUCUACUGGAGGAACCUUGCCUCGUACAACUGCAACUAGCUCAAGUGAAUCACAGGCAUUUCCAGUAAAUGCCAUCUCAUUCCACCCAGUAUAUGGUACGUUCAGCACUGCUGGGUCCGAUGGUACCUUUUGUUUUUGGGACAAGGAUGCCAAGCAAAGAUUAAAACUGUUUCCCGAAUUGCCAGGCACGGUGACAUCAACGGCUUUUAAUAAGACGGGGUCUAUAUUUGCGUACGCGGUGAGCUAUGACUGGUCGUUGGGAUUUCAGGGCAAUAGGCCGGAUUACCCAACCUUUAUAAAGCUACACCCAACCAAGGAUGUCGAAAUUAAGCAAAAGAAUAAGAGGUAG